UAAACUUAAAAGGUUUUCUGCACACCCUCUGCAGACCCCAAGGAGGUUGGAAGUAUUUCUGAUCGAUUCGUUAUAAUAGAUUAUCUAUACACUAUCAAUUUUAUUACCCGUAGACCACUUUUUUUGUGUUGUCACAGUUGACUGCUAUCUGGCGACAUCUGCCUCCGAUCCACAGAAAACGGUUGCUGAGCUGCUCACUUCUUUGCAUCAGUAAAUAUUUCAGAUGAUCUCUUUGAAUAUUUUCUCUCUUAUUUAAAAAAACUUUUUUCUACUGUUGUCUUUUGUGAUUCGCUUAUCCAUAGAAUAUCUGACAGUCAUUUUUCCGUAUUUUGCGCACACACACACACACACACACACACAGACAACCGUUUUGUAAGACCCUAGACUAAAGUCAAGGGAAAAAACAGAAUUUUUUGCUGUCUGUAUAAGUAGGAUUAUAACUUUUUGAGAAGCAUUUUUAAUUGUUUAAAAUGGUAGUUUUAAUUGUAUAUAUGAUGAUCAUGACGAUUUUUUGAUGGGCGCAUCAUGCAGUUUAUUUUAACAAAACAUCUAGAUAAGUUGAAUGUAAAUAAACAGCGCAAAAUUCUAUAGUCAACAUAAAAAAUGGAAAAAAUGUGUUAAAUGUGCUUAACUUUUGCGACUAGCUUAUAUUACGUCGACCUUAUUUAACGCGAUCUUGCCCUUUGAACGAUGCUCGAUUGUGUUGACCAGUAAAAUUUCGAUGUGCAAUACUGUUGCAACAUCGCAUGUUAUCUAGUCGCAAUAGGUGAAGAAAUCCAAUUUUAUUUUCAUUAUGGAAUUAGCACAGGAGGACAAUAGUAUCAAAUAUACUUAGUCUGAAAGUUCAAAAAACCUCUUAUUUGUGACUUCCAACAUGCUUCCUUUAUGUUUUGCUUUUGCAGAACGGUUAAAAUGAAUAGAUAUGUUUUCAAGGUCAAAAAUAAGCUUUCCGUAAAAUCAAUAUAAGUUUAAAUUCAAGUUAUUCAUAUUUUAGAUGGAUACUUUUCUUUCUGUAUUAUCAUUCAUCUUAAGAAUAAUUCGUGUCAUUAUAUAUGUAUUUGUUCGUCUGGGCUACCAUCUACUAUAUGGCAAUCAAAAGUUCAAACUACCGCCAAUUACAAAUAAUAUAUUAAUGCAACCAGCUCAUGUUCUAGCUAAAAGAAUUCGAAUGCGAGAAGUAUAAAAUUAUGAAAUGUCAAAAAUGUGUGACCUAUCAUUUAUUUUAUUGGUGUCUAUUUAGAUUAAAUCUUAUCAAGUUUGUUCUGUUUACAUAGAGCGAAUUAAAGCUAUACAACCAUUUUUGAAUGUUUAUAUUGACGAACGAUUUGAGCAAGCGCUCGUUGAAGCUUAUGAGAUAGAUCGUAUCUUGGAUAGUGGUAAAUUUCUUGAACAAUAUAGUGUAGAAAAGGCACCGUUUCUUGGAGUACCAUUUGCAAUAAAAGAAUCAAUGCAAUUUAAAGGAUUUCACAAUUCAACGGAAUUGUCGGUGGAAGCUCAGUGGUGUGUUCGUUUUUCUUAUUUGAAAGGUGGUUGCGGUUGUAUUGUAUCUGCUGCUGGAGUUCCAUUUGCAAUUGGAAGUGAUAUUGGAGGCUCAAUACGUUUACCAUCAUUUAUGAAUGGUAUAUUUGGACAUAAAACAACACCAGAUAUAGUUCCAAAUGAUUGUCAAUAUCCACCUCACAAAGACUUUCAUCAAAAAUAUUUACUAGCUACGGGACCCAUGUGUCGUUAUGCAUCAGACUUACAUCCAAUGCUCAAAGCACUUGGCCAAGAACAUAUUUCACAAAAACUACCUAAUUUUAAUACGCCUGUCGAUCUAUCUAAAUUACGUUACUUUUACAUUGAUGAUAUUGAUGCCUACUUUGUAAAUAAAAUAAGCAAAGAACAGAAACAAGCACACCGAAGAGUUGUGGAUCAUUUUGAACGUAAAUACAAUGUACAUGUAACUCGUCUACGUUUGACUCGUUUACGUUAUGCCGUAUCAUUAUGGAGUUCGAUGAUGGUUGACGGUCAAUUACAAACACGUGAUUUCGGUUUAACAUUAAACAAUCGACAGGAUUAUAUAAAUGGUUAUCAUGAACUUUUAAAAAAAUUCUUAUUUCGAUCAACUCAUACACUUCCAGCUAUUGGCUUAGCCAUUUUAGAAUGUAUACCAAAUCGAUAUAAUCAACGUUUUCAUAUAAUGGCGCAUAAGUUUUAUGAAGAAAUUCAGUCAAUGUUACAAGAUAAUGGCGUUCUCUUUUUUCCCUCUUUUCCACAUUCUGCACCCGAACAUUGUUGGCCGUUGUUAUUGAAUACAUUUGAUUAUAUCUAUUGUGGAAUUAUAAAUGCGUUGGGUUUACCAUCGACACAAUGUCCAUUAGGAUUAGAUUCAAAACAAUUACCGUUAGGUAUACAAGUGGUUGCUGGGAGAUAUCAAGAUCAUCUAACUAUUGCAUGUGCUCAGGAAAUUGAAAAUGCCAUCGGUGGAUGGAUUCCACCAUCUCCUGUAGCUUAUAUUUAG